GUAGGGUGUGCCGCCGCCGCGCUCUCCACCAUCACCAUCACUACCACCAUCACCCUGCAUCAGGGGGGAACUACUUUACUACACGCGACCUAACCACACUUCACAAGCAAGCGUGUUGGUGGAGGAGCGGAGGUGGAGGGUGUUGUGAGGGGUGUGGUGCCUGGUGUGGAGCCUGGUGUGGAGCCUGGUGUGGAGCCAGGUGUGUAGGCCAGUCCCGGGAUGACACACCUGCACCCAAGCCUCCGGGUGUCAACCAAGACCGGAUACAUUACCCCAGACACAGGCACCCCCACUCAAGACUACAGAGGCAGUUGAAGAAGGGUUCACAUGGAAACAUUGAGGUGUGAGGAAGUGUGAAUAAUGUUACGGGGAGGUGACGGAGUGUGACGGGCAGUGACGGCGUAGAGGGAGGUGCCGUGUGUAUAAUGUGACACUCCUCACCGCCACCACUCACCCGGGCAGAAGGUGGCACUACACCCGCUUGACCUCCAGACUCACCUGCUGCUGCUCAAGGUACCUGCCCUCCCCCACCCCCUGUCAACGACUUGACAGCGCCACUACAAGUGACCACAGUAACGAGGAGACGAUGUAUGGUGUGUGUUGAGUGGUGUUACAGUGCUACAGUGCCUUACACUUCUCCAGAACAACACCACGCUUAAUACACUCCUCAAAUAUUCCUUUUAUGACCCGCAAGUCACUCCAACCACGGCACUUUAAUGAGAGUGCAACCAAUCAGAACGCUGACGGUAACGUGAGGAAACAAGAUCCACCAAUCAGAGAGAUCCCUCAGAUGUUUCCGAAGACAUGUGGGAAGUGCAGAACUCGCAGGAAUUGCAGGCACCGAUGCUGUCCGGGAGUGAAGAGGAGCCUGGACACCGUCGACCCUUCGAGUUCAUCACCAGCAUCUUCAAGAGGCGCCGAGACCACGACACUUUGGACCACAUCACACCUCCAGACAUUACCCUUCACGGUGCUGGAGACAUUGGCGGCUGGCAGGAGAGUAGCGCUGUGUUGACCCGACAUGACCUCUCCGGUGCGGCUCUGACCCAACAUGACCUCUCCAGAGUGGCGUUGAAACAACAUGACCCCUCUAGAGUGGCGGUAACCCAGCAUGACCCCUCUAGAGGGACGUUGACCCAACAUGACCCCUCUAGAGGGACGUUGACCCAACAUGACCCCUCUAGAGGGACGUUGACCCAACAUGACCCCUCUAGAGUGGCGGUAACCCAGCAUGACCCCUCUAGAGGGACGUUGACCCAACAUGACCCCUCUAGAGUGACGUUGACCCAACAUGACCCCUCUAGAGUGGCGUUGACCCAGCAUGACCCCUCUAGAGGGACGUUGGCCCAACAUGACCCCUCUAGAGUGGCGUUGACCCAGCAUGACCCCUCUAGAGUGGUGUUGGCCCAACUUGACCCUUCUAGAGUGGCGUUGACUCAGCAUGACCCCUCUAGAGUGGCGUUGACCCAACAGGACCCUUCUAUAGUGGCGUUGCCCCAUCAUGAACUCUCCAGAGUGGCGUUGACCCAGCAUGACCCCUCUAGAGGGACGUUGGCCCAACAUGACCCUUCUAUAGUGACAGUGCCCCAUCAUGAAGUCUCCAGAGUGGCGUUGACCCACCAUGACCCCUCUAGAGGGACGUUGGCCCAACAUGACCCUUCUAUAGUGACAGUGCCCCAUCAUGAAGUCUCCAGAGUGGCGUUGACCCACCAUGACCCCUCUAGAGGGACGUUGGCCCAACAUGACCCCUCUAGAGUGGCAGUGCCCUACUAUGAUACUUCCAGGAAGGAAAUGACGUCAUCUCUAGAAGCUUUAACGUCACCAGUGAUGAUGACGUCACCAGAAAUGAUGCCGUCACUGGAGGAAGGAGGAACACCGGUGGCGGGAACCCUCCACCACACACCCGUCAAGUCUCGUGACAUUGGCAUUGACAUGGAAGCCAUUAGACUCUCACGGCAAGACAACCCUUACUUGCAGAGAGUGGCGGACUCCCACACCUCGCUCAACGACGAGGACCCGGCGCCAGGCGUCACUGGCGGCCAGCAUGAGGACCGGGCUCACCUAGUGACGCAGGAGAGCCAGGAGGGGGUGUUGUCGCUGUCUGAGGUGCACCAACACCUCAUCCGCUCCCCGCCGCCCACCUCCCUGCCCAAGACACUGGCCAAGAACCUCUUCGUCUUCCCGACCACCUCCAAGACCCCACCACCCUCUUCCUCACAGGGUGAGGGCAGCAGACGGAGCGGGUCCCUGAAGCCCCUGGUGACCCGCCAGCACGAGGACGUCUUGGACCAUCACCUCCGCCAGAUUCUCCACACACAGCGCCAGCUGGUCGUCUCCCGCCCGCGUCCAGGUGAGGGUGGAACCGCCUGCACUACGAGCACCAGCAUGCCGGGCUCCCCCGCCCACACCCGCACGGCGGCCAGGCGGUCCCCGCACGCCCGCACCCUCUCCGAGGAAGCUACCGUCGUCCAGUCCGUGGGUGGAGGCGCUGGUGCCUGGUCGGGUAACCUGGCGCCUGUCCUUCCACCUGGUAGGAGACAACACUCCUCCUCUAGCGAUCUACUGCUCAACCCCGCUCACCCGCCCACAGCCAGCUCCACGCCCACUCCGCCCGUCCUCAAACCCAUAUCAUCCAAAAGCAAAAGAAGUACAGCUGGUAGCGAGACUGGCCUUGGCACCAAUACCCUUCGGCUUCCCAUCCGCUACCCACACCAGCCGGCCGCCUCUUCAACACUCAUUGACACCACCUGAUUCUUUGCAUGGAGAUGGCUUCCUCUUUCAAAUAUCAUCAUUACGCUUAGUUCAGGUUUGUUGCUACUCGUCCGCAAGGUCAAAUGGUAAUUACUGUACAGUUCUGACUUGUUAGAAUAUACAAGCAACAUAGCUUCUAUAUGAUGCAAGACUUGCAACAGAUUUUAUAGUGAAUUUCAGCAGUUUGUGUACUUAUAGGGCCCCACCCAUUAUUUUGCUAGAUAUUUAUUUUAUUUUAUUUAAGAUAAAUGUUAGUGUAAUGAUUGUUAGGCAUCUAUUCCAUUGUUGAAUCUUAAGUUUUGGUUUCAUAGUCAGUUUUAAACUUUGCCUCAUAACUGGCCUGGAAAGUUUUGUAACUUGGCUGGCCCUGGGGUAAUUUUCAAUGUCUGCUUCCAGAUAGUGUUGUAUUAUAAUUUGCUUUAAGAGACAUUUUCUAUGAUUCAUCGACUUAUUUAAUUGUUAAUUUUUUCAAGGAUGUUUACAAGGAGGUAACAUUUGGCAAGGUUCACUGUCCCUCAUUCUUGCCAGUUACCGCUUUCAGCCAAGCAGGCAUACCAUACCCUGUUAUAGGCUUGCCUGUUGGUAAAUGAAGUUUAUAUUUUGAUAGCUAUACUUAAAGUCAUAUUAGUGGCAUUGCUGCACCUUGACCCAAUUCCCCAAAAAUGUGAUUACUGUAUAUGUUAAAAUUAUGAGGCGAGAGUCCACUGAAUAUUGCUGGAUCUUCCAGGUAAUGGCAUAUUAUGUUGUACCUUGCUGUCUGUAACUAUUUAUAGAAUAACAUGAAGUUGCUUAUACUAAGCAGUGUUUAAAGAUCUUGUCCAUAGCAUAUAAUGCCGGUUUCAACUAGCAAGCCAGCAUGUUUUAGAUAUUAAUAUGGUUUUCAGUGAUUAAGUUAAUACAGCUCAUAUAUGUGCAAGGCAGUGAUCAUAGCUGAUUACUUUGAAUAAUGUCUGUUAUAUUCCUCCAAAUUAAUUUUUUUAUUUAUGGAUUUGAUUCAUAAUUAUAUAACAUAUCAAAAGGUUCUUUAUACCUAAUGUCCUGGUCUAACAUAUCAUACAUUAGCCCGAUAAGCUCCAGGGAGCCUCCGGGGCUCACCCAGAAAAUGGCGUUUCAUUACAUUCAAUGCUGUUUUUUUGUUAUACUUUUGAAUAAGGCAUAGGUUAGAUACCCCCCCCCCCCCACCAAGACCCUUUUAGGAAAUGGCUCAGUAGAUUGCCAGCCAGCCAGAGACAGCCUGGAGAAUCUCCAUCUAAUACAAUAAAGUAUUCAUGGAAACAAAUAUUUUAUAACUUUUGAUUAUCCUAAUAAUAUUACUAAAUAAAAUCUGUAACCAAAAAAUAUGUGAUGAUGUACAUCCAAAAUUUUAAGAAACAAAUCUGGUUAACUGCGUAAAGUGUGUUAGGCUUAUCAGAGUCGGUCGGUCCUUCCCCACCACCGACACCCCAACCCCAUCCGCCCCCAUGCAUACCAUACACAUGCUCUCUCUGCUUCACUUCAACUCAACACCCAUUCCUCCCUCCCUCCCUCCAUCCCUCCCUCAAUCCCUCCCUCAAUCCAUCCAUCCAUCCUACCAUCCAUCUCCAUCCUACCAUCCAUCUCCAUCCUACCAUCCAUCUCC